AUGGAGAGGGAGAGAUCCAUUAAAUGGGCGCUGAAGGUCGGCAAAACCCCGCCUUUCGCCAAGGGCCUCGGGGCCAAGUUCUACUCCAGGCCUUUGCCGCAGUGCCAGGCGAAGCCCUAUGGCUCCGACGCCUACUGGAGGUGCUUCGUCGUCCACAUGGCUACGACUUUCUACCACUUCGGCGGCACGUGCAAGAUGGGACCCGAAUCUGACCCUUACAGCGUACUGGACGAGCAGCUAAGAGUCCGUGGUGUGUACGGUCUGCGUGUGGUCGACGGCUCGAGCAUGCCUGUUGUGACGUCAGGGAACAUCAUGUCCGCGAUCGUCAUGAUGGCGGAGAAGACGUCAGAUCUCAUCAAGAGCGAAUGGGCACCGGCUGCCUAG